AUGGCCACAGUUCGGAUUUCUGUUUGCGGAGAUGAAGGCACUGGCAAGUCCAGCCUGAUCACCUCGUUAGUUAAAGGCGUCUUCGUCACAAACAAGAUCCAGCCUGUCCUCCCUCAAAUCACCAUCCCUCCUACAAUUGGAACUCCCGAGAAUGUAACGACAACUACUGUGGUGGACACGUCGGCCCUGCCCCAGGAAAGGACCAACUUGGCGCGCGAAAUCCGGAAGUCCAACGUCAUUCUCCUAGUGUACUCCGAUCAUUACAGUUAUGAACGCGUCGCCUUAUUUUGGCUACCGUACUUUCGGUCGCUUGGGGUCAAUGUACCAGUUGUGCUAUGUGCCAAUAAAUCAGACUUGGCAGUGGGCCACAGUGAGGCACAAGUCAUUGAGGAGGAAAUGUUGCCUUUGAUGUCCGAGUUUAAGGAAAUCGAUUCCUGUAUUCGCACAAGUGCUCGCGAACAUCGCAAUGUCAACGAAGCCUUCUUUGUCUGUCAAAAAGCCGUCACCUAUCCUAUCGCGCCAUUGUUCGAUUCAAAAGAAGCCGAAUUAAAGCCCGCUGCGGUCGCAGCGCUACAGCGCAUCUUUUACCUGAGUGAUCAAGACCGCGAUGGAUAUUUGUCGGAUAAAGAGAUUGGAGAUUUUCAGACUAGGUGCUUUGGGAAGCCUCUAAGCGAAGAAGAUCUGGCCCACAUCAAGGAAACCAUCCAGAAGACCUACCCCGAAUCUGUGAUUGAGUCUGGCAUUGACUGCCCAGGCUUCAUUCAUCUAAAUAAAUUAUACGCAGAGAAAGGGCGCCAUGAGACAGUUUGGAUUAUUUUGCGAGCCUUUCAGUACACCGAUAAUCUUUCCCUUCAAGAAAGCUUCCUACAUCCUCGCUUUGAAGUCCCACCUUUUGCAUCUGCUGAACUAUCUCCCGAGGGUUAUCGAUUUUUCGUGAACCUCUUCCUUUUAUCGGACAAGGACAACGAUGGUGGUCUCAAUGACGCCGAGUUGUCAUCUUUAUUUGCACCCACUCCUGGUCUACCUGCGUCUUGGGCCGACGGCUCAUUUCCCUCUUCCACCGUCCGCAAUGAAGCUGGGCAUGUGACCCUUCAGGGUUGGUUGGCCCAGUGGAGUAUGACGACUUUUAUGUCCCCAAAGACCACGUUAGAAUACUUGGCCUACCUAGGCUUUGAGUCUUCCGACCGAAGUAACCCUUCUACCACAGCCGCACUGAAGAUGACAAGACCACGCAAACGGCGCCGGCGCCCUGGUCGAGUCGGGCGAAAUGUGGUGCAGUGCCACGUCCUUGGAGCCCCCGGAUCAGGGAAAUCCGCCCUACUUGAUGCUCUCCUUUCGCGUGGAUUCAGUACGACCUACCAUCCCACUAUUCAGCCUCGCACUGCGGUCAACACGGUCGAACUUCCAGGCGGUAAACAAUGCUAUCUUAUCAUGGAUGAGAUGGGCGAGUUAGAGCCCGCCAUCCUUGAGAACCAGACAAAACUGCUUGACCAGUGCGAUGUGGUCGCAUACACAUAUGACUCGUCGGACCCAGAUUCGUUUGCUUACAUCCCUGCGCUACGGGCCAAGUAUCCCCACCUUGAAGAACUUCCUAGUGUCUUCAUUGCUCUAAAAGCCGACCUGGAUCGUACUACCCAACGGGCGGAGCACCAGCCCCAUGAGUACACAGCCAUGUUGAACAUGCCCAGUCCACCAUUGCAUGUCAGCGUCACUUGGACUUCUAUUCAAGAAGUUUUUGUUCACAUUGCCGAAGCUGCGAUGGAGCCCAGCACAGCGUUUCCUCGUAGUGAGGAGGAUGUUGAAGGCAAGUGGAUGUCGUGGGGCAUCGCGCUUGGGGCGGUGGUCUGUGCCGGAGCGGCUGCCGUGAUGAUUUGGCGUCGAGUGAGUGGCAGCGGGCACUGA